UGUCACCAGAGCCCUGCUGAAGCUCAAUCUGUGGUCGGUAUUCUGAAAAAGCAAGUAUCAGGGUCAGGCAGGAGAGGAGUGACGUAGCGAAUUCUGAGUAGAGUAAGUGUUACAGUCCUCUAGAGCUGUGCUUUGUGGUCUUUGUGUUUGUGGUCGUAAUUCAAUUUAGUCGGGUAGAGUUCGCCUUCAUCGCUCUCACUGCACAACAAACAAACGCAAAAUGUUUUUCCAACUGCGCAGUAGCGGUAUCUUGAUGCCGAAGCUUGGUUUCGGAACCUACAGGAUUCCUCCAGGCUACGUGACGCAAGAAGCAGUAGCAACAGCAUUGGCACAUGGCUAUCGUCUGAUUGACACCGCAGCAUUGUAUCGAAAUGAGGCGGACGUGGGACGGGCUGUGAAAGCAUUUUUGACGCCUUCCAGUGGUGCGAGUAAUCCAACGGUAGUUAUGGUUUUCAGGAGUAAAAAUUUUUUUUUUAGAAGACGCAGAAGUUGUCAGUAAGGUGGUUAUCAGAAGUAGGGCCAAUCCAUCGAUGAUCAGUAAUAAAAAUAACAAUUUCAGUGGGAGAGUAAGUACGUACUUGGAGUGGGAACACAGUCGUGAAAAGUAAAAGCCUCUAACGCUCAUGCAGAACGCUCAGACAUUUUCGUGACAACAAAGUUGUGGGACAGUGAUCACGGCUACGAACAGACACUUGCAGCCUUCGAAAAAAGCGCGAAGAAGCUUGAUUUAGAUUACGUGGACCUUUAUCUGAUGCAUUCUCCGAAUCGAGGCAAGCUCGUAGAGACUUGGGAUGCAAUGUUGAAAUUGAAGCAGGAGAAGAAGGUAAUUCUUUGGGGUUUGCAUAGUAGAGGGAUAAGAUAAUUCGUCCAGGUCUGAUAAAUCCAAACGAGUUACCUUCUUCUCAUCCUUCUUCGUUCUCCUUCUAUGCUCCGAAACAGUCAUUAAGAUAUCAGUCCUCAAAAAAAAGAAGUUGAAAUUGUAGCAGGCAUGCAAGACGGUCUUCAAACACAAAGCCUUUCUCGCUGUAACUUAGCUCUGUCAAACAAGGACUUAUUGUCCUCAGAAUCAGACGUCGCCACAAAUCAAUUGUCUUCCAGGUUCGUGCCAUAGGCGUUAGCAACUGGAACGUGCAGCAUUUUCAACUGCUAGAGAAGCAUGGGCGCGAACUACCUGACGUGAACCAGAUAGAACUACAUCCUCUCAACUAUCACGAGCGGCAAGACGUAGUUGAGUAUUGCGCAAAGCACAAGAUUGUUAUCAUUAUGGCUGGAAAGGCAAAGAUUUGUUCAGGAAGUAAUGAUAUGAAUCGAAGAAGAAGAAGCUCAGGAAGAAGGCGAAAAUGCCGGGGCAUGUUGCUUAAAGGUAUCGCUUGAGUAAGUUUCUUGUCACUUCUUUCCUCAGUUCCCUGUCGUUGUUAGUUUAGUCAAAACCUGUGUGAGUAAGCAUCGUGAAGAAACACUAUGACGCCGCGCGGCAGUCUGCACUGAAAACUGUGCGAGAUUAAUUGCAUUGUAUUGCUGCUGCAGAUUCAGUCUUUGUUCUGUCUCUUCGUGCUAUAUAUAAUGCAAUGAAUUGCUUUAGGUCAGUACCAAUUCUAACAUCUCUGCCUACGGCUCGUUGCUUUCAGGCAGAUUGACUGAAAUGCUAGCAGGCCAGCUUGGCGGUAUGGCGCAAAACACUAUUCCCAUCGACAGUGGGUGGUUUACUGCAGUUCAGCAAGAUGAGGGUUCCAAGAACAGUACAGUGGCUCAAAGAAAGGAAGUAUCAAUAGGACAAAUGCUGCUGCGUUGGGGCCUGGAGAAGGGCUUAGCCCUCAUUCCGAAGUCAGUACACGAAGAAAGAAUAGUGGAGAACAGUCGAAUUUUCGAUUUCGCCCUAUCGAAAAAAGGAUUGGGCAUUUUGGGGGAGCUGAGAGGAGAAUUGAAUGAGUAUUGGGACCCGCUUACCGUGCGGGCUGACGCAGGGGAUGUUAGUAGAGCAGAGUCGUGACAUGGUCCUGGUCGAACGAACAGGGAUUGAAAUAUCGAGAAAAAAAACUACUGAAGUAUAUUUUCUGUAGAUACAACGGUGUUAUUUUGCUCGAAGAUGUCAAGAAAAACCGAAGAUGCGCGCAU